AUGGCAGGCAGGACCGAGGAGUCUCAUGCACCAGCAAUGUUGCAUUGGCGAGAGGGUGUCGGCGCCUACAAUGCUGGAGACGUGAAGAAAGCUAUUCAAGAGUUCAAGGCCGCGGUGCCAUCCAAGGGAAUCUUAUUCAACCUGGGGGUAUCCACUGCAAAGCUCGGUGACAACCAGGCGGCCAUACGGCACUUUGAUGAAGUCAUCCGCCUGGAUCCUAACCUAGCUGUUGCCUACCUCACCAGAGGGGCAUGUAAGCACCAUGAGCGCCUCUUCAACGAGGCUAUUGCAGAUUACGAUCGAGCGAUCUCGCUGAUCUCCAACGGAUCCUUAUCGUUGGACUACAGUGGUGACGGUCUGCAAUUCGAAAUGAAUCGGGUAGACUUGCUCUUCAACCGAGCCCUUGCCUUGAAGGAGAUGGGGCGCAUUCAGGAGGCGCAAGAGGAUGUGUCGCGUGCAAAGAAGAUGAUCGACCAGAGGACGAAGAACAGACAGCCUGCGAUCGAGAAGCUCAGCAAUCAGUUGGAGAAACUUUCAUUGAAUGCUGGGAACAAUGCUGCCCCAGCCCCUUCAAGUCACAUGCCGCAACAGAGCAUGCCGGGAUCGACUUCGAAUGGUGUCCCAGUGUCCUUGCAAAUUCCUUUCUCCCAGCCACCCCCACAAGCGUAUUCAACUCCAGCCGCACCUGAGAAGCAGGCGACUCAUGCCGCCCCUACACAGGUAUCGAUUCCUGUCCCAGCCCCAGCUCCUGCCUCGGUCCCAGCUCCUGCCCCAGCACCGCCAGCACCAGCACCCAGCUCUACAGAGAGCAAGUCCAGUGGCGCGAAGGGAAUAUUCUCCCUCGAACAACUCACAGGACACCCCCCGUUCCCUGAUGGAGUGGAUCCAACCAAAAGAGAGAUGUACCUGUCGGAUGAACAAUUCCAGCAGGUGUUUGGCUGCUCGAAGGCUGAUUUCCAGGGUAUGCCGCAAUGGAAGCGCGACUUGCUCAAGAAGAAGAAGGGUCUUUUCUAAAACUGCCUCGAGCGCUUCCCUAGCAGCAGGUAGUUGCUGCUCUUCACUCCUGAACAUACUACAACUCGACUCUCCUCUUGCUCGCCUAGAGUGUGACCUCCGUCAUGGUGUGAUGCUGUUAUCUGGUUUGGUUUGGAAAACCCGUAGCUAUUUUACUUCAUUGAACUUACAUAAACUUUAUACACUUUUG